AUGACCAAUUUUUCAUUUAUCCCAGCUGUCGCUUUCCUCUGCGAUGUCAUCGUCUUGACGGCGUUGUGUGGCCCUUCCUUGCCUCUGUCAAGUGCUCCUACACCAGUUGUGUCGGAUUUCAACACUCCCAUGGACCUUCCAGUAGAAGCCUUCUUCAGUAGGACGAAGACACCAAAUGACGAGCCUUGUCGCCUGCCAACUGGAAAAACUUCGAAAUUAAAAUCAAACAAGUCAAAUCACUCGCCAUCAAAAGAACCUGGGGAAGCUCUCAGCCAAUCUGGGGGUGAUUUUGGAAUGAAAUAUUCGACUACAGAGCUUCCGGAGCUGCCCAAUCUACAUUCUUCGCCUCAGCCCAGAACAAAUCCUCGACCUCAAUCAGUUAGACUUCCUGAUGUAAUCAAACCUCCAGCACAAGCACCUCAUUUUCCUUCUGCAAAGCCCAGGAAUAGGGAUAAGGUUAAAGAUGCUAUUCGUAAUAACUGGUCAUACUAUUUCAAAAAGCUCUCCAGGAAACUCCUAUCCAUGAUUACGACAAAUGCUGCAGCCGGAAACAGAUGGAAGAUAAUCAAUGUGGAUUUUAUAGCCAACAUCACAUCGAUUGAUAUGCCCAAUAAUCUCACGUCACCUGCAGCAAUCUUUCAGGGUAUCAUGAAUAGCCCUGGAGAGGGUGGAGGGGAUAUGACAAGACUUCUCGAUCAAAUCGUUUCCUUAGCGCCGAUAGGUCCUCUAGUUCACCGAACCGAAGUGGAUCUCGACUUCAACCUAGAACAAGUCGUCCAGCUUUACUUUAUUUCACCUCGUGAAAGCACGACCCGUUUGUCUUCUGUAGGCCCUGGAGCGAUCCCACGGGUUACUGCAAGUUCGGAUCAAAACGGCAAUCCGAGAAGUCUAAAGGGCACGAUAGAUCCACUCAAAGACUAUCUGGUUGACCGUGCUCCGAUAAAAACAAAAUCGCGUAUCCGAGAAAGCUUGAAAGGACAAUCCGCAGAAUUUCAAUCAUCACAAAGUCCUGGAAUUUUUAAGGAAGCCUUCAGCUUUUGGCUUUCAGCUACUUUGCAUCAAAUUCAUCCGUUUGAGAAUAGGUCUUGGUUAUCAUUAUGCCCAUCCAAGCUAGGUAAACAAAAUUCAAGAAUUCUGACUCCUUGUGUAGUGAUUUUUACAAGUACCAAAAAAGACCACAUUCAGUCAAUCAUCACUUAUGAUCUUCCUUUGCUAUGAAUCUGAGGCCUUUGAAGGUAUCAACAACCUCUUGAUGAAAAUCCAAUCAUUCGGGACCUGGACUACCGUGGUGAAGCAUUUGGACUUGACUUCAUUUGGCAAUCUGGGCCUCCUUGACUAUACUAAAUACAACAUGUUUAAUUUUGAUUCAUUUCAAAUAUUUCAUAGUUUUUCAUCUCCUGAGCUUUUCAAAUAUACCAACUCCCAACUUAUUUAUAUUUCUCUGAAUGUCCUAGAAUAAUUCUUUUCUUCUUUCUGUGCAUCUUUGUGGUUUUAGAGUGAUGAUUUUUCUACAGACAUUUUGGAAUGAUUAAGCAAAAAUGGAACACAAAUAA